UUCCCGCGCUGGCUGGCUAAAUUUUCCCCUCGCCCUCGUUUCUUAUAAUUUUGUAUCUUUUAGGGUGUCACGGCCUCUUUCUUACUAGACUCCACAUCAGUUCUCCUAAACUCAUUACCCAAAAUGUCUACAGAAGGCGACAACACGACUCAGCCCGAGUCGCAAUUCCAGAAGCCCGGUGAUCUAGUGGAGCGCAAUGAGGAUACCGGUGUUAUGCAGGUGGAGAGCAUGUGCAUGAACUGCCACGACAAUGGCGUUACCAGACUCUUGCUCCUCCGUGUGCCCUUCUUCCGUGACAUUAUCCUCGAGUCGUUCGAAUGCGAGCACUGCCAUUUCAAGAACAACUCCAUCAAGUCUGCCGGUCAGAUCCAAGAGAAGGGAGCCAAGUACACCCUCGAAGUCGAGAAUGAGACCGACAUGCAGCGCCAGGUGAUCCGCAGUGACACCUCGAUCUUCAAGAUCGAAACUCUGGGUAUCGAGAUGCCCAAGGGCGCCGGCCAGCUGACUACCGUUGAGGGUAUCAUCCAGACGAUCUACGAGUCGCUCUCCAGCGAGCAACCUCUGCGCAAGGAACAGGCUCCCGAACUUCACGAUGCUCUUGUGCCCAUCAUCGAUAAGCUCCAGAAGAUUAUGGACCGUGACGGAUACCCUUUCACCAUCUCCCUCGACGACCCCACCGGUAACUCCUGGAUCGCGCCCACCACCCAGGAUUCCGGCAACAAGUACAAGCGCCGUGACUACCCUCGUACCCACGAGCAGAACGAAGAGCUUGGUAUCGCCGGUGACCCCAAUGCUGUGCAGAACGAGGGUGUCCCCGAACCAGAAGACGACGAAAUCAUCUCCGGAAAGGUCUACAGUCUCCCCGCCGAGUGCCCUGGCUGCAACAAGGAUUGCUUCGUCAACAUGAAGAAGGUCGAUAUCCCCUACUUCAAGGAGGUCUUCGUCUGGGCCACCGCUUGUGAGCACUGUGGAUACCGCACCAGCGAGGUCAAGACUGGUGGUGAGGUUCCCGAGAAGGGCAAGCGGAUCACCCUCAGCGUCGAGAACGAGGUCGAUCUUUCCCGUGAUAUUCUCAAGUCCGACACCUGCGCUCUGUACAGUGAGGAGCUUGAGGUUACCGUGCAGCCUGGUACCCUGGGCGGACGUUUCACCACUGUCGAGGGUCUUCUGACCGAGAUCCGCGACCAGCUGCACGGCCAGAUCUUCGACGUCGAUGACACCACCGGCGCUGGAGGAGACAGUAUGGCCUCCUCCGACAAGGAGAAGUGGGAGCGCUUCUUCAAGCGUCUCGACGCUGCCAUCAGCGGCGAGAUGAAGUUCGUCAUCACGCUUGAGGAUCCCAUGGCAAACAGCUACGUCCAGGACCUGUGUGCUCCUGCCGUCGACCCCCAGAUCAAGACGGAGGAGUACACCCGCACUGACGAGGAGGAAGAGGAGCUCGGUCUCAAGGACAUGAAGGUUGAGGGAUACGAGGAGGAUGAGAAGGCCGAGCAGAAGGCAUGAGCUAUAUACCCCAUAGACCUUGUUCUUCUUCGAUUGACGACCCUGUCUCUUUUACGAUGUGCAUGAACUUCUCUUGGCCCUUCGUAUAUGCAUUGCGAUGAUGUUUUGGCCAACCAUAAUCGUUUUCUUUUUCUCUUUUGCUUCUAGAUAUCCGGUGCAGGUGGUCAUGUCAUACGGUGUGGUUGUGGGUUGCUUAUAAUUGGUUUCCCAAUUUGGGGUGCGGAAAAGUUCCUGGCAGUGAUGAUGAUAUAUUCUUCUAGAAGGGAUAAUAUAUGAACCAUUAUAGAUG